AUGCCAAAAUAUAUGGGUCGUUCCCAGGCUAGGACUUCCCCACGAUAUGUCCACAUUCCUACUGAAAUCCUGGUUCAAAUUGCCAAUUUGAUUUUCGAUCAGUGGACAGAAGAUCUUUCUCCUGAUUUUCAAUCUACACUUCACAAGUUCUGUUUGGUAUCUCGCCAGUGGUACUCUGCUGGCAUCGGGUUCUUAUACCACCGUCCUCAGCUUGCCAAAGGAAACAGUUUCGCUCUAUUUACAAACACGGUAUGCCCACCGAUUCGUUCCAGGGGAAGGAAAGUGGAUUUAGGAUCAUUGGUUCAAGUUUUGAACCUCUCAGGCCUGGUUCAUCACAGUUCCAAUAGCCUAACGGCACGGUUGCUGGGCCGAGUAAAGAAGAGUCUCAGAAAAUUCGCUGCACCCAGGGUUUCUUUCUCGCUGACUUCUCACACCAGAAUCAACAGUCUUGCACCCUUAUCAAAAUGCAAAGAGAUGACCCAUCUCUCCCUCGGCCUAGUAGCUGACCCAAUUACGCUUUAUGAUCUCAAAAAAGCCGUCGGCCAUCUUGACAAACUAGAGUCGCUAGAUCUACCACCCUCAAUGCUCAUUACCGAUGACGGUUCGAGUGAAGAUUGGCCCCCAAAUUUAAAAUGGCUCAAAGUCGGCGGGUGCUUCGAUUCGCAUACAGCACGGAGUUUUAGGUGGCCAACAACACUGCAAGGCCUGACUCUGAUUGACUGCGAAUAUUUAACAACAGUCCUAGAUGUGGCCUCGAUGAACGAGCAACUCUGUGCCACACUUAAAGAAUUGACUAUUUCGCCCUAUCACCGUGAAUUACUUGUGAACGAACCUUUUGCUGGCGUUAAACGUUUUUCUUCAUUGCGACGUCUUCGAAUACCCAUUGAUAGUCUUUUUGGAGUCGAUAUAAAUCCUGUGUUUGAUGUGAUCGAUAUACCUCGGUCAAUGCGGGAACUUAUCCUUACCUCCCCGAUUGAUGAAACAUUUGCGGUGGUUGAUAUCGAACACCUCUGUAAGGCUUUAAGAGGGGAACUUUCUCAAGUUUGUGGAAUCGGCAUUAGCCCUGACUGUCUUGGAUUCCUACCUCAAGCCUCGCGUGCCAACAUUGACGGGUUGGUGUGGAACAACAUCGAUAAUUGUCCAGAGGACGAAUUGGAUGCUGUUUUUGACCUGGGGCUUUAUGUCCUUGACCCAGAGCAAGUUUAUUAA